CAAGAUGCACUUAGACUUAGACUGAAUUGAAGGAAGAUCAACAAGAUGUUGGGGAUGAAGGAUGAAGUGGUCUAUUCUUGUGAGGAGCCUCCAGAUGAACCGGAUGAUUUCUACUCUUGCGGCCGCCUGACCAGACUACUUGUUCCAGCUCUCUUGGGUACAUUGGGAGCUGCGCACGCCUUAGAGCAAUUGCUGACGCACCAAACGCAGUUGCCGUCCCCUGCAAUCACCAAUGCACGAGAAGGAGGUGCUGGGAGCGACACCAGAUCGGGAUUCGCAAGCAGUAGGGGAGGAGGCGAUAGACCACAGGAGGUCCUGGCAGGUACUACAGGUUCAAGUAGUCGUGCUCGUGGUAGUAGUAGUAGUAGUAGUAGUACUGCUGGGAUAUAUAAAGGUGAUCGCCCUGAAGAGCCCACAGGCGGGAACACUGCGCUCGCUGGUUCGUCCAGAACAUAUGCUGACGGCACUACAUCAGCUAGCAAGACGUUAGACCAAAAGACCCCAGACACUCUCCCGGCCCUUACUUCUACGAAGGGAAUAAACAAGGAUGAGCCAGCUGCAACGUCUGCGUUGUCAAAAAAUGACCCCAGCAACUCUCAAUUAUCAGAGAGAGUAGUAGACAAGGCUCCAACUACAUCAGAAAACCCUCCUGCGAAAGUUGCCGUCUCAACGCCAGUAAAUUUCGCCAGUACGUGGUGGACAGGAGAUAAUGAGGAUUGUUACCAGCAACUGAUAAGCUUUUGCACACUAUGCUCGAGCGCUACUCCAGGUUCAGAAGCACGCCGUAUUUGUUGCAAGAUCAGCAACCCAGACUCGGCUUACAGCGAAGAAAACUGCAACAUCCGCGGUGCUUCUAAAUCCAAGUGUAAUGUUAUGGAUCAUUUGAUAUUGCUCACGAGCCUCAGGUGCUUAUACUUCGAAAACUCAAAAUAUCCAAGUUACUGACUGAAAUAGGAGGGUCUUGACUACAUUCCUCAUCCUCUUCUUUCAGUAUCUCCCUUAUUUUCAGUAGUUGCUCGCUUAUUUCAGUUUAUCGAAUAAGUAGAUAAAUAUGAAGGUUUGACUUUGAUGAUGAUGAUGAUGAUGAUGAUGGACUCAUUAGCUUCAUCGAUUAGCGCUCUGGUCGUGAUCCUUACUGAUGCCUUCUAAUCAAAAUUUGCUAUAUUGGCAUGGCCGUUUCGGAGGGAGAACUCCAGUAACUCGAAGUAGCAGCACCAGUGCGAUAUUAGCGGAGGCACGUGGCUCUGGAAAUACGCUCAGUGAGAAUCGUCUUUUUCCACGUACGCGGUCAUCAUCACGUAGCGGUCGCUCCUAUGGUCGAUCCUCGUCCUUAGAGACGGGUGCUAGAUAUGCCGGUAAUAUACGACCUUAUGGUGCGAGGGGAACUACAACCACGUCGAGUGGAGGUGGACUGGCGAGGUCGUCCUCGACGUCUCCAUAUGCCACUUCGCCACGAAGGCUUGACGACUUGGACUUUGGACCAGCAAAUGCGCACGUAAGGAAGGAAACUUCCCAGGCGCAACUGGAGGAUGAACCGACCACGAGGACCAAUACCGAGACGUUUGGGACGAUCGAUGAACCUGGCGUUGCAGAUUUCUUGAAUGAGAACUUUCCAGGACCCCAUGCGGCGUUACGAUGGCUAGCGGAGUCGAGCAGCGCGAUGGCUUCGCCGAGACAGCUGGAAGGAGCCAACAUCGCAUGGGGACGUGAGAAGUUUUACUGCCUGGUCUUUCUCGGAGGUCGCAAUUUCCCAUCGGACUAUUUCGGGGAAGCAAAAGAGGACACUAGAAUUACGCCACUAGUACAAAUGUCGUGAAUUGUUCAGAAGUUAAAGAGCAUCCGCAUGAUCAAUCAUGUCAGAAUUAUUCUCCUGCAUUUUCGUGAAGAAGAAAGAUGCUACAUGGACUUUUCUUGUCAAGAACGAAGCGUCAAAGGCAAAGACUGCAAUCAUUCGAUUCUAAAAGAUUUCGACAUUUAGGCAUCAUCUACAUGAUCUCGAUCUGUCCCAUGUCUUUUAACUAGCUCCAAUACAGCCCAGCUCGCUCCGAUCGUGCGCAGUUACUUUGCGCCAACGCAGAUGCAGGCGGCACAAACACAAUUGGCGCGUUGUCGUGGCUCCAUCAACCUAGUGGGCGAGAAUGCCAACGAACCGGAUGUGCACGUGUGUCUGGACACCAUUCCCAAAAUCAAAGGCGAAACAGGCGAAGUUUUCGGCGACUUUUCGACGCCUCUAGAGAAGGUUCAGUGCAAUGUAGUCAGCAUAGGCAUCGCGCAGAACUGGAUUUUCGAACACAGUAUGCUAGAAAAGGGCUGUCGCGUGUGGAGUUUUGAUCCAACGAUGCCAGUGCGAGACGGCAACAUACCAGCGGAUAACCUCCAAGCUUACCGAAAUUUAUGGUCUGAGUGAAUGCUCCUCUAAGUUUGUUCUUCAACAUUUUUACCAGACGCAGACGUGAUCAUUGACAUCUUCUUUUUAAUAAUGAAAAAGUUUCCUCUACUAUUUCAACAUGAAGAAGAUUGAUAUGCUUGGUCUACGAAUCAUAUCACACUCCAUGCAUUCAUAGGACUCUAUUCCUCUUGUGUUCUUCAUUUUCUCUGCCGAAGAUCUUGAGUCGGCACACGAAGCGACACCCGACAAGGCAUCAAUUCUAUUCGACUGCGAUUGGGUCUAUCCAGGGAGCAACGAAUAAUGGAGGCGUUGACUCGUAUGAGAGCACGGCUGUCUAUGCUAUUAAGGCUUCUUCUAUCGGAAAAGCAUGAUCCGCAGACAGCACCGUCCUUGGUCGUCUCUACAUUUCUUUAUUUUAUUCUUCUUGAAACAAAGACAAAGAGCUUGAGCCAAGGACGUUUUCGGGGAUGCGAACGCGAUAGGUCUUCUAAUGUGAGAGGAGGGCUUCGCUAUCAAAGCGUUACUCUGAGACAUAUAAUCGAAAAAAUCGCAAAAAUCGACAGAAUACACGUACUCCGAAUGGACGUUGAGGGGGCUGAGGUAUUUGAAGUUCGGAAAGAACUAAGACCCACUUUGUGCGUGUCUACCUUGAUGUUGGACCUAUGUAUACCAUCGCAAAGUAGAUCCCCCACUCAUUAUACAUGAUCUGAGUAAGUAUUCUCAUUUUGACAUCCUGCCCUGUAUCUGUAAUUGUGCCCAGCUAGACGGAGCACUAGCUUGAUACUACUACAAUGAUUUACACUUGUUCUUCUUCAUUACUCAACAAGAAUCUAUCCACCCCUCUUCUAGGCUCCGAUACUACGGUCCUGGGCUCAGGAGUUGAUGCCUUCUGACGGAACGAGUAUCUUCUCGCGCAUAGACCAGCUUCUGAUGGAGGUGCACGUUUUCCGAAAGAGUCCAGGGACCGAUUUCCCAGCUAUUCAUAGAGUUAAGGGCAACUUACUGGACUUGAAAUGGUGCAAGUUAGUACUAUAGUACGUCGCCAUAGACGAUAAGUGUAACAAGAGACUGUAAGCAUAUCCAUUAGAAACAACCGAGGAGCGCUAGUCUCUGCAUAUUAGUUUACCAAAAAGCUUCGUAGUAGUGUCCAGUCGAAAUCUGUUAGGAUUUUUCCUAACAAGUGACACUAGCCUCUUCUUCUAACAACCCCUUGGUGGACAGCGUCGGGAGAUGGAUGGAUCCAUUCUGGAUCAAUAAGAAUGGGCAUUCGCCAGCUGUCUAUGAGGUUGGAUAUUUGAACAACAGAUUCAAGACUGGAAGUUGACAAAAUUCAAAACAGGGAGUUGGAGUUGAUUUCGACUUACUAUGUUCUUAGAGAAACAAACACAAAAAUUGAUUUUGAAUUUGAUAGUUUUCCGUAUAAACAAGCACCAAACCAAAUAACAGAAUUGCGAAGUUACGAUUCCGAAGUAUCUUCAGCUCGUCUCGGAGCAUGCUACAUUUUCCUGGCU